AGAAGAAAAACGACACUUCCCGAGCGUGCCCCUUUCACAGGGAAGAAAGCGCAUGUCUGACGCACAAAUGUGACGUCAUUUCCCCCGUCCCCCUUCUGACACGAGAAUGGCAACUUCGAGGGUCGCGUGGACUGCAACGGAAUGCUGAAAGUCGCGAUGAUCUUCCUCUUGUAAGAGCCAUCGAAACAAUUCUGAGCGUUGCGGUGGUCAAGUGCGCUCCGCCAUGCCCCGGUACGAGCUCACGCUGAUUGUGAAAGCGAUGCAGAGGCCCGAGACCGCGGCCACUCUGAAGCGCACCGUGGAAGCGCUGAUGGAGCGCGGCGCCGUGGUGCGCGCUCUCGAGAGCCUGGGCGAGCGCGCGCUUCCCUACAAAAUCUCCAAGCACAACGUGCGCCACACGCGGGGCGGCUACUUCCUCGUCGAUUUCUACUCGUCGCCCAAAAUGCUCCCGGCCUUCCUGGACCACCUGAAGCGCGACGUGGACGUGGUGCGCUCCACGGUGCUGAGGAACGAGGAGAAGGAGACCGGGAGCGCGCGCUGCUGUGUCCGCGAGCCGCCGAGCGCGAGGCAGGAGGAGGAGGAGGAGGAGGGACCGCCGCGCCGCAGAUGAAUGACGCAGACCUGUGUGACCCGGUCGGUGUUGGCCAGCUGUCCGGAGGAACUGCGCCACCUUUGCCCUUUGUUUGUGUAAAUAUGGUGAAAUAAUAAAGUGCACACCUUUCAAUAUUAUUAUUUACUUAUCUAUGUGGUGCAGUUCUGUAAAAGUACUGUUAGCGUUAGGUUUGUACAUGAAGAUACAGGAAGUUAUGCACCCAGUUCUCAUUACACGGCGCUCAUACUGAUGAUCGACUCAGUCCAGAGCACUUGCAUCGCCCAAGGGAGCCGCAGUCGGACUGCUGUUCCAAUCCGGAUCCCACGAGCGGAAGAUGACGGCCGCGAGUACUGCGGUGCCUCGUGGCCACUGAUACGUUUGGUGAUACGUGUGACAUGUGUUUGCUGGAUCUGCCUCUAUCGCAGAAGUAUAACUGCAUGUGUUCACUAUGAGCUCCUUUUCCACGAGGAGUGUUGGUUUCAUGGGUGUCUGUGAAAGUCUUAGUAGAUAAGUAAAGUACAUAAGGUUUUACAGAAUGUGCAUUUCAUAUCUCGUUCAUAGAUUGAUUUAUUUUUGCGCAGUACUCUUCCCAGCAGAUUAGGUUCAAGAAGUGCAGAUGGCACAGUUGUGUCUCAGUCCACCUAGUGAAAAUAAAGCUUUGCGCUUUUCAACAACCUUCGGGAAUCAAAGGCUAAGUAGAUGCACACUGCUCGGUGUGCUGACGCCAUGCCGUGAGGGUAAAAUGUUAAUGUUUAUUAAGCAGCUUUACUAAUGGUCGGGUGGGUGCCUGAUCUUCCCGUGUGUGGUUAUGUGGUCAUCUUUUGUGUGACAAGGUCAAUAUGUAUAGAGGGAAAAGGCUUGGAGCUUUCAGUGGGGCAAAGUUUCCUGUGGGUA